AUGAGUCCAGACGUCUCCAAUCCACCGGCCAAAAGAGCCCGUCUUGAAGUCGCAAAGUCAACUUCUCAACAGUCGCAAAAGUCAUCAUCUCGAAUCUUUGCUCCAUUCAGAUCCCUUGGCCAUGUCACAACUUCGACUCCAUUUGCCCUUCUCCAACAUUCCGCAACCUUUCAAUUAUCCACAUCCACCGGUCACUCUGUAUCUACAUAUGACAUCAGAAGACUUAACCUUCUCUUCGUAACAAGUCCUCAGACUCCAUCUGAAAUUACUUCUAUAUACGCUCGUGGGAAGGAAAUAUACGUCGGCUUUCGAACGGGAAUAUGGAUCUUCGAAAGAGGAAAGAAGAAAGGCGAGAUGCAGAUGGAUGAAGUCAAGAAGGGUAGAACCGGAAUCAAAGACAUAUUCGGCUUCGGUGACUGGCUUGUAGGCAUUAUUGGACCUAAAAGCGUUGGCGUUUGGAACAUUGGGUCGAGAGAGCUCUACACAACCAUCGAGUUAUUCGGGGAGUCUGAUAUUGUCAAUAUCAUCCACCCACCCACCUUUUUAAACAAAAUAUGUAUAGGUACCUCGGACGGCUCUGUAGAAAUCUGGAAUAUCAGAAGCGGGAAGCUCGUCUAUUCCAUCCUACCACCAAAGACACCCAAUGGUACAGAUAUCGGACAUCUCACAUCAUUGUCCCUAUCCACUCAUCACUCGAUCGUGGCAAUGGGUUUCUCAUCUGGAAUAAUAAACCUCCAUAACAUUCAGACAGACACAUCACUCUUCCAACUCUCGUCUUCGGCUCCUGUGACCUCCCUAUCCUUCCGUUCGGACCUGGUACCACCCCCUCUAAAGUCAUCUUCGGACCCCCCAUCGCCAUCUGAUAUGCUUGCCUCUGCAUCAUCCAACGGAAAUAUAACCCUCUGGUCUCUCAAAUCUCGCAAAGCAAUCGGAAUCAUGCGAGGUGUGCAUUCGUCAGCAACCGGUGGUAUCUCAAGGGCCACUUUCCUCCCCGGCCAAAACGUUCUCGUAACAUCCGGUGGCGAUAACGCUAUCAAACUUUGGGUAUUCGACACACCAACUACCGUUCUACCCCGGAUACUUAGGCAGCGUGGUGGUCAUGCCUUGGCACCGAAUACAAUUAUGUUCCAUCCCAGUACUCACUUUAUACUUUCUGGCUCCCUCGACCAUUCACUAUGGGGCUUCUCCCUUCGAUCUGACGCGCAGUCUACUGAACUAUCGCAGGGAAGCAUGGAAAGCACGAUGAAUAAACUGAAAAAAUCUGGCAUGUACGACAGGAUCGCCGAUGUAUCACUAUUGAAGGGUGCGAUUAUAACUUGUAUUGCUGUGGAGGGUAAUCGGGACGGCUCUGGUGCGGAGUGGGGGUCCAACGAACUUGGUUGGGAAGGUGUGAUCACUGGCGGAAGGGAAGAGGCGUUUGCGAGAUCGUGGUCUUGGACCAGACGGAAGGUCGGAAGGUGGACUUUACCCACCGGUGAUGGAGGGGAGGUUAAAAGCGUAGCCAUCAGCCCAUGUGGUACCUUUGGUAUCGUGGGAAGUGCAAAUGGCGCUAUUGAUUCUUAUAACCUGCAGAGUGGAAUCCACAGAGCUAGGUUCCCUGCUCGAGCGACAAAGGCGCAAAUCGCAGCAAGGAAAGAUGGUCAAGGGAGCAGAGCAGGUUGGAAACACGCUGGUGGGGUAACAGGGCUAGUAGUCGACUCUGUUAACCAGGUCCUGAUCUCCUGCGGCCUAGAUGGCUUCGUCAAAUUCUGGGAAUUCAAAUCUGGGCUCCUCCAGCAUCAGAUAUCCUUUACAGAAGGGACUGCGUGCACUGCUCUCAGAAUCCAUAGAUCAUCGGGUUUGAUCGCUAUAUCCUGCGAUGACUUAGGCAUCCGAGUGGUUGAUAUUGAGACCAGGAAGGUAGUGCGUGAACUGUGGGGUUGUGGCGGCCGUAUUUCGGAUAUUUGCUUCUCUAAUGACUCCCGCUGGCUUAUCGCAUCAAGCAUGGACUCUACAAUAAGGGUUUGGGAUCUACCGACUGGUCACCUCAUCGAUGGAUUCAAGACUCCAAGCGUCGUCAACUCGAUUUCAUUCUCUCCGGAUGGUAAUUUCUUAGCUACAGCGUCUAUCGACAGCGUCGGCAUCGGCAUUUAUACCAACAAGACCGUAUUUACACACGUCCCUACCCGCCGCAUAUCCGAAGACGACAUUCAAAAAAUUGCGGGACCAUCUUCUACGGGAGAGGGCGGCACAGGACUUGUGGAAUCCGCGUUUGCGCAAGAUGCUGAAGAAGACAGCCUCGAUGGACAGUACACCACCGUCGACCAGUUGUCGGAUCAAAUGCUCACUAUGAGUUUAUUACCAAAGAACCGAUGGAUGAACCUCUUAAACUUGGAACAUAUCAAGGCUCGAAACAGACCCAACGAUCCGAUCAAGAAACCCGAGAAGGCUCCGUUUUUCUUGGGCAGCUUGGCAAGUUUGAAAGAUGGGGCCGCAAAACUUACUGGUGCAGACGAUGCCAACAAGGAUAUGGAUAACGGCCUUGACCUUAGUGUCGCAGAUGCAUCAAGAAGAGCUAUCGAAAAGGCAGAGUUGAGUAGGGUCAAGAGUGGUGAUGUUGAAUUCGAAAGAAGAUUCACAAGGCUUUUGAUGGAAGGGAGUGAAGAUGGAGACUAUACCGCCUUCAUUGAGCACAUGAAGACUCUACCACCAUCGACAACAGACCUUGAAAUCAGGACGCUGGAUACCUCUUCUGCGCCAUAUUUCGAGCUAAUAUCCUUCGUCGAAGCCCUAACACAACGCCUACGGAGCCGAAAGGACUACGAACUCGUAUUAGCAUGGAUGAGAGUCUUCCUCAAGAUCCAUGGAGAGACAGUAGCUAAAGAAGAGGAAGAACUGGCAAAGGCCGAAGACAGCGAGGCCGAAGACGAAGAGGAUAGCGAUGACGAUGAAAUGGCAGAUUUGAGAGAUGAGAAGCCGACAGUUAAGGAGGCGUUACAAGAAUAUAGGGAGGAAAUGAAGCAAGAAGCUGGUAGGGUUUCGGAGUUGGUAGGGUAUUGUGGAGGAGUGUUGGGCUUCUUGAGAAGCAGUCGAUAG